GCGUCGGAAGUGGUUGUCAUGGAGACCCAUCUAGGCGUAGGGAUGCUGAUGGGCAAGUGAGCUGCGGCCACCGACAAAGGGCGCGGGGAAAGCCUGGAUGAGCGGCAGUGGCCUUUGUGGAAGGCCAACGGGAGAGGGCUCUAAGACUUCUCAAGCCGAAGCACCAUUUGCUGUCAAACGUGUCUGUAUGCGUGUGGUAACUUCAUUUUCCUUCUCAGUGCAUCCCCUGUUUAGCCCUCUGCACCCGACAGGCUCUGCCUACUGUUAUCUCAGGAAGCCCGGGUUGAAGCACGCUGGUGUUUUCUCUCCCGUCCAACUAAUCUUUUCUGACUCCACCUUCUCACCACCGUCACUGCUGCCAUGCCAGUAACACAUCUGGAAGGAAUAAAACCCCCUAUUCAUGAGCAGAUAUCGGAGCUGCAAAGCAAGAUUCAGCUUCUAGAAGGUGACCGUAAAGCUUUCUAUGAGAAUUCCCAAUGGAACAUCAAGAAGAACAAGGAGUCCAUUUUGCGGUUGAGGCAGGAGAAUAAGAAAUUGCAUCAGAGGUUGGCAGACCUCCUAGCGGGAGAAGAAAAAGUAAUUAAGGCUGCAUUCCAAGAACAUCCAACUGAACAAGGAGCUGUGAAAAAUAAAACUGGGGAGGGUGCUAUUCAGAUAAUCAAUCAUCGACUAUGCGAGAAAAUCAAUCAAUUAAACAAUUUGAAGCAUCAAGUGGAGAUGAGGAAGCUCAGGCUGGAGGAGCUGCAGACUCAAUACAGUACUAAGGCACAAGAAAUCAAUGAUAUGCAAGAAAUGGAAGAAGGGAACAUUGAGGCAGCCAAGACUCUGCGAACACUGGAGAACCGUUUGGAAAAGGCCCGAUUCAAGACUGAGGAGGCUGUACGCAUCACCAACAUGUAUAAGAAGCUAAAAGCACAUAUGCAGGAGGAAAGCUUGCACUUUCAGAACAAGCUGGAUGCCCUGGAAGCGGAAAUUUUACGUCUACGCCAUGAGCUCCAAGAACUGGAAAGCGUGAACACUGAUGCACAACAUGCUCGCAACGUUGCUAGGGAGCAGCUUUUGACUCAAGAAGAAACCAUCUACCGAGAAAGAAAGAUUCGAGAUAAGAAACUGAAAGACAUAAAGAAAAUGACAGAAGAAAAGAGAGCACAGAAUGAGCGUGCAGAAAGACGGCACUCCCAGAAGGAUCGUAUCCCAUUUGGAACUGAAGAUCUGCUUAGAGAACCUCAAUUUAAGAAAUCAAACAUCUUAAAAACCAAACAGGCUGUGCUCACCGCAUCUGAAAACUUUGACAAAGUCCGAGCAGCCACUGGGGUCACUGAGGCUAAUGAUGUUGUGGCCUGCUUUCUGGCCCAAGAAGAAACAUUCAAACAGCUGGAGGAAAUGAAGAAUGAGAAUGAAAUAUCCUUGGAACAGCUUAAAGAAGAAAAGGAUGCGCUAUUACAUGAAUUAGAGCAUACUAAGUACUCAGGAGAGGCCCGGAAAGUAGGAGCUCAGAAUCUGAUGAAGGAGUUACAUGAUCACCUACAAAAGGAAGAAAAGAGGCGUGAUGCAACCCAGGCUGAACUGAACAAGGUGAACCGGGUUCUGUUAAAUGCCAAGGCUGGCAUUGAACAUUUGGCUUCCAAAGUUCAGCAUAUCAAACUGGAAGAUAGCCGCUUUGCUUCCAUGGAGUUGGAUGAGAAAGCGAGUGAAUAUGUUCUUGAUCUCAUGAACCAAACAGAAGAGAAAUUGCUAUAUUUGGUAGAAUUCUUGAAGGAUCGAGACAAGGCAGAGCUGCUUAGGAGAAUUGAAGAAGUGGAGUUUCAUUCUAAACUUGAGAGGAGAUUGCCUGCCUUCAAUACCAGAGUGAAACUUCCCAUUGCACAGAAGCAGGAUAUGUAUUAUGAUGAGGAGGACAGUGGGGAGGAGGAUGCUGAUGUGGUGACAAGGGCAGCUCUGAAGCGUCAAUCUCAGCAAAUCAUUGAGGCCAAGACCAAACGUCGCACUCGCUACAGAAAGAAGGAUGGGAAGCUGUGAUUGCAUUCUGUGUAGCCCUAUCUUCCUUAGAUCCUGCUGUGCUUCAGCCUCCUUGGCUAUUAAAAGUGCUUCCUAGUUACUGGUCUUCUGCAUGAGCCAGUCCCACAUUUUAUGUCCAUCAGUUUUGCAGAACUCAGGAAAACAAUGACCAUUUGUGGAUCUAUUCCACCUCCCUGUGCAGAGUACACAGGAACUUAGUGAACUGAAGUCACUGCCUAGCUCCUGUUUCCCUGCCUUUUAUCUCUCAGCUAUAUGAGAAGAGUGGGUUCAUCUAUGGAGAUGUGACCUUAAGGCUUCUGAAGGAGAGAAGGAAAAUUUAUCUAGUUCCCCAUCUAAAUAAUCCAGAUUAUUUCUCAGAAUUUAUAAAAUCUGUACACAACUGUACCUAUUGAGCCUAAAUUUGAAUGGUUUUGCCACCCAUCCUAACAUUCUAUCACAAGGAUGGGUGUCACUUGCUCUGUGACUUUCUGUGUAGAUUAGAUCACUCUUUGUUUGCUGUGUAUGAUGCAAUAAACCCUGUUCAGGCUGAAA